AUGAGCUCGCAGCGUUAUCAACGGGUCAACGCCCGUGAUGAAGACGAUGAUGAUACCCCCCAGUCACACUCCUCUAUCCCUCUCCGACCGACACCUUCCUCCCCGCCUCCCUCAUUUCACUCUCGUUCCUCCUCACCAUCGUCGAGACGCCUCCUCCACGACGAUCCCCACAGAGACCAUGCAGACCAAACCCUGGCAGAUGCGUUCGGUGAUGGCAGCGAUUCCGAGUCCGAUGAAGAGCCCGACGAUCGUCAGCGCUUAAUGCGGGCUCAGCCAGAUUCCCGCCCGGUGGCGGACACCAGCAGCGCCGCUGCGGCUGCGUCUUCUUCUUCAAGCGGUUCAGAGCAACAGUCUGGCGAUUCGCGCAUCGGUGGAAGCCUUCCUCGACGGCAAACGAUCCUGCCGUCUUUCAGUACCCCCAGUUCGGGGGCCAGCCGGGUGAUCAGUUCGUCGAAUGAUGGAGUCUUUGCUAAUCUGGCGGCUAAGCCGGAGCGCGGGGAAAAGAAUGAGGAUUUGCCUCCGUCCUACGAGGAGGCCGCCGCAGAUGCUACACCGCCGUAUUGGGAGACGACAAUUCUCGCACCAGGUAUCUCUUCGGACGAAGUGUUUGUGGAUGGAUUGCCGGUUGGAUCGAUUUUCUCGUUUGUCUGGAAUGCCAUGAUCUCCAUGUCGUUCCAGUUGGUUGGAUUCCUCUUGACCUACUUGCUUCACACAACGCACGCAGCCAAAAACGGUAGCCGGGCUGGUCUCGGCCUCACGCUGGUGCAAUAUGGUUUCUACAUGAAGGGUGGCAGUGAGUCGAAGGGAUCGGAUGAAGGAGGCGCCGAUUACGUGACACCACCGGACCCGAACAGUCAUAACUUCGAUCCGAAUAAUGUCGAUGGUGGUGCGGGUGGUGAUGGCGGAGGCGGUGCCGUGUCCUCUAUCACCACGAGCGAAUGGAUUUCAUACGUCUUGAUGAUUGUCGGGUGGUUCAUUCUGAUUCGAGCUAUCAGCGAUUUCCUGCGGGCACGCCGUCACGAGCAGCUGGUGUUACAGAGUCCUGAGCGUGGGCUUAGCGUUCCUGUCAUUGCAGAGGGCGAGCGAUCGGAGACGGUUGUUUAG